GAUAAUUAACAAUGACACUUACGUGGAAAGAGAAAUAUCGGAUAAGGAUACUGUCACUAUGAUGUCAAUUCUUCUAGUAGGAGUAUUUCUAUCCCUAUUGAUAUUCCUAUCGGUGGCGGGAAAUAUUCUAGUCUGUAUAGCAAUUUACACGGACCGAGGCCUGCGGAGGAUAGGAAACCUUUUUCUUGCAUCGCUGGCGAUAGCGGACCUAUUUGUGGCCUCGUUGGUUAUGACCUUUGCAGGCGUAAACGACCUACUUGGCUACUGGAUAUUCGGCAGCAAGUUUUGUGAUACUUGGAUAGCAUUUGAUGUCAUGUGCUCUACUGCCAGCAUAUUGAAUCUGUGUGCUAUAUCUUUAGAUAGGUAUAUACAUAUCAAAGACCCUUUAAGAUACGGCCGUUGGGUGACCAGACGGGUGGCUCUAGCUACAAUCGCAACGAUAUGGCUUCUUGCGGCGCUCAUCUCGUUCGUUCCCAUUAUGUUGGGCUUACACAGGCCGUCUCAUCCCUUUGUCAUCGAAUCCGGAGGGCAGAAUUACCCCACCUGCGCGCUGGACCUGACCCCUACUUACGCCGUCGUCUCCAGCUGCAUAUCCUUCUACGUUCCUUGUAUAGUCAUGCUAGGCAUUUACUGCAGACUAUACUGUUACGCUCAAAAACACGUUAAAAGCAUCAGAGCGAUCACAAGACCAAUUGACAUUCCUAACUCUACAUCAAAAAAGAAAACUAUCAAACAGAAAAAUAAGGCGCUUCACAUUCACCUUCACAACCAUCAGAGUUCACCAUAUCAUGUCAGUGAUCAUAAGGCAGCUAUCACUGUUGGGAUUAUUAUGGGAGUAUUUUUGAUUUGCUGGGUAAGUAAUACAAAAAUUUAA